AUGGCUCCUAGAUAUUCCAGUGUUGUAGUGAUUGGUGCUGGGCCUUCUGGCAUCUCAGCUGUCAAGGCUUUGAGCGAGGAGAAUGCCUUUGAAAGGAUCCAAUUAUUUGAUAGACGAGAAGGAAUUGGUGGUACAUGGAUAUACGAUGAGCAACCAGAACCUUUCUCGCCAUUCUCAGCACAGCCUGUGCGAGAGAUCCCCGCCAAGCUCCCACAGUCACUGCCACCUGCAUCUGAAAACGUCACAGCUCGGACAGGUCUCUAUCCUGCCCUGGACAGCAACGUCGGCUCUCAGGUCAUGGCGUUUACCUACAAGCCAUUUCCAGAUGUGAACUCGGCCUCAUCCAUUAACCGCUUUGGCAAGAAGAACCCGACGCAUCCCUACGCGCAAGUCGCAGGCUACCUCGAAGAGAUCGCAGAGCCAUUCUCACACUUGCUCACUUUAAAUUCGCAUGUCGAGCGUGUAGAGAAAGUUGGCAAGAAAUGGCAGUUGACUCUGAGGAAGACUCAGCACUAUCUGAAGAACCAGACGAGAGAUUACUGGUGGCAGGACACAUUCGAUGCAGUUGUCGUAGCCACCGGGCACUACGGUGUGCCAUUUGUGCCGAAUAUUGACGGACUGAAAGAGACUUUUGCUGCUUUACCUCAAACAUUUGAGCAUUCAAAGGCUUACAGGUCUCCUGAAGACUACGUUGGCAAGAAAGUAGUUGUCGUCGGCGGUAACGUCUCUGCAUCUGACACAGUCUCCGAGAUCCACAGCAUCGUCUCCGGCCCUCUUUACGUCUCCCAACGAGGCUCUAAUGAGAUUCUCAAGGAUGCAUGGGAACUCCCCAACGUGGUUCUCAAGCCGCAAAUCACACGCGUGUCCGUUGGACCAGACAAACACAUCAAAGUCAACUUCUCGGACGGCAGUGAAGUUGAAGGUAUUGAGAAAGUCCACUUCGGUACCGGCUAUCGACUUUCUUACCCAUUUUUGCGCCCGGAUCCCGUGACGCCCAGCGGGCGUCUCUCGGGUUUCUACCAACACGUCUUCAACAUCGCGGAUCCUUCACUCACAGUGGUCGGACAAGUCAAAGCAGCCAUCUCAUUCCGCGUUUACGAGUAUCAGGCCGUUGCCGUGGCUCGCUAUUUCGCUAACCGAGGAGGUGGUCUGCCUUCUCCUCGGGAGCAAGACGAGUGGGAAGUGAAGCGCCUGCAGUACAAGGGACCAACCUCCCAAUUUCACGAAAUCAAGCCCGACUUUUCGGAGUACUUUGAGUUUCUACGGGGCGUUGCUGGACCUCCUGCGCCGGACACUAAUGCUUAUGAGUUGCCUGCAUGGGAAGACGAGUGGGCGUUGUUGGGAUUUGGCGUUCUGGCGCUGAAGCAAAAGUGGUGGAAGGAGUUGAAGAGGAAAGAAGAGGAAACAAAGCUGAUCCAAGCAAAGCUGUAG